AUGGCCGCCGCCGCCGCCGCGAAUCAUGGACCAGCGCUGCUUGACUCGAGAGGUGAGUUCCAGCCCGGCCAAGCCCUCUCCUCCUCUCAUCCGGGCGGGAGGGACGAGGGUUUUCAGCCGGCGCCCAUUCCUGCAAAGAAACACGCCCAUGCUAACCGCAAUGUCUUCGCAGGCCUGUCCGCGCCGUCAUGGUCUGAGAUACCAUACGAAUUCCUACGAGCGGAGCUGCACCGCCGGCAGCAGGACGGCGCACGUCCGGCAUGCGGGUCGGCUCGUAAGGGGACGUAUAACACACCGCUGCACGUCUUCGCGCUGGUAUUAAUAUUGGUGUUGAGCACGCUGGCAUGCUCAUUCCCCAUCAUCGUUCGCCGCUUCCCAAGCCUGCCGGUUCCACACCACUUCUUAUUCUUGUCGCGGCAUUUCGGCACAGGCGUGCUGAUCGCGACGGCCUUUGUGCACCUUCUCCCCACGGCAUACACUUCACUGACGGACCCGUGUCUUCCGCCAUUUUGGAAUGAUGGAUAUCCUGCCAUGGCUGGUUUAAUCGCCAUGUGCUCGGUGUUUGUGGUCGUUGGUAUCGAGAUGUUCUUUGCGUCGCGCGGCGCCGGACACGUACAUGGCGGAGACGAGCUAUUUCGCGGCGAGGGCGACGAGCACAAACAUCAUAGCGGAGCGAAUGGGCGGCCGCGCGGGCACGGGCGCAGUGGGAGCUACAAUCGGUUCAGAGCGGAGGACGACGAUUUUGAGAGCCGGGGCGCGAGCCGCGGGUUGAACAAUCUCGACACGCCGGGCUCGUCCGAUAAUCUGGUUGAGGGCGUAUCGCCGCUGGUGGAGGAGACGCCGGGCUCACCACCGCGUGGCAGCAGGCACAACAGGAACACGCAGGACGAAGGCGAGGACAGCGACUCGGACCUCGAGCUGCCCGAGCUCGACACGGCCGACGAGUCCGGGCUGCUGAAUGGACAGCGCAACACCAAGUACCAGCACCGGCACCAGCGCAGCAGUACCGACUCGCGGCGCGCACUCGCAGCACUCGACCCCCUCGACUCAUCCGGUCACUCGCCCUUGAGCCCGCACCAGCAGCAGCAAAAACAGCUCUUGCAAUGCCUGCUCCUCGAAGCCGGAAUCCUCUUCCACAGCAUCUUUAUCGGUAUGGCCGUCUCAGUCGCGACGGGGCCGCCCUUUCUCGUCCUCCUCGUCGCCAUUUCCUUCCACCAAACGUUCGAAGGCCUAGCACUAGGCUCGCGCAUCGCAGCGCUAGCAUUUGGCGCGCGCUCGCCGAAGCCGUGGUUUAUGGCGCUGGCAUACGGGACGACGACGCCGAUCGGGCAGGCCAUCGGGCUCGGGAUCCACAACCUGUACGACCCGGCGAGCGAGACGGGGCUGCUGACGGUGGGCAUCAUGAACGCGGUCAGCUCGGGCUUGCUGCUGUUUGCGGGCUUGGUGGAGCUGCUGGCCGAAGACUUUUUGAGCGAUGCUAGCUACGAGGUUCUUCGAGGGAAGAGGCGGCUGCAGGCGUGCGCGAGCGUGGUCGCGGGCGCGGGUCUGAUGGCGCUGGUGGGUGCUUGGGCGUGA